AUGUCCACUGUGACCCCGACAAAGCCGAAAGUUUACAAGAAGCAGGGCGCACCGUUAUCCGAGGCUGCCCAAUACCAGGCCAAGCUCAAGCUGGGUGUCUACAACAACCCAAACCGUGGAUCAAUUGGAUUAGCAAGCUCUAAAGCGUCUGGUGCAAAGGCAGCGCUCCUUGCUGCCAAGGCAGAUCUCUCAAUUCAUGGGUAUGAGCAUAGUAUAUCCCCUGAAGCUGCCACUGCUGCCCUUGCUGCUCGUUCUCAUAUUCCUAAAGUUGAAACUCUUAAAUCUCCUUCUUCAGCAACAUACAGUUUAUCACCAGCUGCUGCCAGUAAAUUAUUGUCAAGUAACGCUGUGGUUGUCAAUCAAUCUUCGAAAGUGACUUUCGAAGAUGCGUCAUCCCAGCUUUCCAAGUCAGCAGCAUCCAACGCCAAAAUUCCACAAUAUGAAAAAGGUAGUGUAGCUGAUGAGUCUGGGUAUUCUUCUAAAGCAGCAAGAUCUUCUUUGCAACAUAAGAGUUCGUUUGCUUCGGACGGGUUGGUCUCUUCUCCAACUAAGAGUAUUACCAGCAUUAAUUAUGAGAAAAUCCAAUCUGUGGCUAGACAGUCUGCCAGUGAAGCCAUUCACAAUCGUACAACCCCAGUGGCCUCCCCUUCCCGCCAUGGAUUGACUUCUUUAGCUGGAUCGCCAUAUAUGAAUAGCCAAACUUCGGCGGUUGGUGGGAGUAUAGACUUUUCGAAAUUGACUCAGCGUGCGUCCCUGAAUGCUUCUAAAUAUAUGGCCGUGAAUCCAUCAUUAACUUCUCAAAGUUCUAAAUAUGUUCUUGAUCAAAGCGUUAAUGCCAGCUCCCCUACUGAAGGUGCUUCACGUGCAAUGUCACAAAAUAGCUCUUUAGCAUCCAAGGCACAGGUUGGUGAUACCUCCCGUUAUUCUAAGAUUGAUUCUAAGGUGUUGAGCUUAGCAAGGUCUAAUGCAGCAAAGACUAUAGCUGAUAUUGAUAAAUCAUCCAGUGAAAGUUAUGUUUAUCUGAAUGUCGAUUAUAAUGCCCAAGCAAUCACUAUUGCCCGUCAACGUGCUGAAGAACGUGCUGCUGGUCACAGAGCAGGGGAAUACAAUUUAGGAGGCGGCUUAUAUAUGCCGUUUGAUGAAGUUGAGGCAAUUGCCCGUAAGUUUGUGGCUCCAGUUUUGGCUGAUAUUGACUUAAAGACUACCGAGCAACGGAAGCUUGAUGAGGAAUAUGCCCAAGAGCAAGCCAGGUUAAAGGAGGAAAAAUCGGCUCAUGAAGAACAUUUGAAGGCAAAGAAACUUGAAAAGAAGACUUUACUUAAUCAAGAGAGCGCUUCUCACAAAGCUGAGAUUUCGAAGGAGAAGGACGAAUACAAUGCCAAGAAAACAGAAUUGGAAAGAUUGAAGGAACAAGAAUUGGCUACUCAAAAGAACAUUUUGAAAGAAGUUGAAGAAAAGCAUUCAUUGACUAUGGAACAGUUGGCCAAGGAGAAGGAAGUUGAAAAUGAUAAACUAUACCAAGAAUUGACCGCAUUCAAGACCGAAAAAGAAGAUGAAUUGAAAAAAAUGAAUGAUGAAUUAACUGCGGAAUUACAACCAAUUGUGGAAAAAUUGGAUGAGCAAAAGAAGUUGUACAACGAACUAUCUGACGAGCAUGAAGCAUUGGAAGAAAUUGCUAGAUUGGCGGAAGAAAAGGUUAAGGCUGCUGAAGAAAUCUUGGUGAAAUCCAAGGCUCAAUUAUUGAGGUCUGAAAAGGGCUUGGAAGCUGCAGAAUUGGACUUGUCCAAGGCAGAAGAUGACACUGAUAAAAUGAAAGCUCAAGCAGAAGUUGAUCGUUUGAAAGCAGAAGUUGAAAGAAAGAUUACUGAAUCCAAGCAGAGCCAAGCCGAUACAAAGCUUGCUACCGAUGAGCUCGAAAAGUCCAACCAAGACACUCUCAAGAAUAAGAAAGAAAUUGAAUUGAAGAAUGAGGCAAUCAAGCUGUUGGAGCAAGAACGAGAAUUUGCGACUAUGAGACCUGGCUUGAACAAUGAAAAGAUUGCAGCACUAGAAGCAGAGAUUUCAGAGUUGGGUAAGAGGCAAGAAGCAUACAAGAAGAAGGAAGAGCGGAAAAAGUAUGAAGAAGCUAUCGCCGUGCAUGAAGCCACUAUUAAAGAAUUGGAAAAAGAAAAGCAGGCGUUAAUUGAUAGAGAGAACGUAAUUAUCGCGGAAUUGAAGAGCAGUGAUGCUCAUUGGAAAGAGAUGAAGGAGAAAUUUGAAGAAUACAAUGUGACGGAUAGUGAAGGAGAAGGGGAAGAAGAAGAAAAGGAACAAAAGAGGAGUGAAGUGUCAGCUGCUGCGUCUGAAGGCGGUAGUUCUGAGGUAACUAAAUCCAAACCAGAGGGAUUUUUCAAUAAAAUGAUUCAAAUUACCAAAUCUCCAAAGAUCAUCAACACUGGAGUAUCUAAUAAAUCUCUAAAUGUUCAAGAAGAGGCCAGUGAUGGCUCCCCGGUUAAGAGAAAACGUGGCUUUAGUUUGGGUGCGAUGUUCAAGAAGGAUUCGACUGCUGGCAAUGCUGCAACAGCAACUGCAGAUGCUGCCACAAAAUCUACACCUCCGCCAGAGGUUAAAGGUUCGGAUCCUCAACCUGUGAUUGUUGAUGGCGAUGAAGCGGUCACCAAUAAUGCGAAAGGUGCCAUUUCUGACAAUGAUUUGGAUAGUGAUGAAGAAGCGUACAAUGAGGCCAAGCAAGUUGUUAAAGAGAAAGACGCCAAUGAAUUGGAGCACUCGUUUACUAACUUUAGUCAAGGGUCGGAAGUGGUUCGUGACCAAAAAGCUGAAAUUGCUAACUUAUUUGGUAAACCAGAAGAAGCUAAAGGGAAAUCUUUUUUCACUGAAGAUGUGUGA